GAGCCGCACUCUCUCAAGCGCGAAAGCCUCAGGACCUUUUGUAUCGGAGAUCAUUUCGCUUUUCUUUUUUCCUUCGAGGAAAAAUAAAAAGCAGUUGAGAGGCGAAGAGAGAUCGAGGUCCUGAGAUCAGAUCUAGGGUUUGUGAUCUGAGAGAGAGGGAGGGAGAUGGAGACUAAGGCUAAAGAUGUUGGGAUUCUCGCCAUGGAUAUCUACUUCCCCCCUACUUGCGUUUAGCAGGAGGAGCUCGAAGCUCAUGAUGGGGUGAGCAAGGGAAAGUAUACGAUUGGGCUGGGCCAAGAUUGCAUGGCCUUUUGCACAGAAUUGGAAGAUGUUAUCUCAAUGAGUUUGACUGUUGUUUCGUCACUCCUCGAGAAGUAUCAGAUCGACCCGAAACAGAUUGGGAGAUUGGAAGUUGGUACGGAAACGGUGAUCGAUAAGAGCAAGUCUAUUAAGACUUGGCUGAUGCAAAUCUUUGAGGAAAGUGGCAAUACCGAUAUUGAAGGAGUUGAUUCAACAAAUGCAUGCUAUGGAGGAACAGCUGCGUUGUUCAACUGUGUAAAUUGGGUGGAGAGUAACUCGUGGGAUGGACGUUAUGGUCUCGUCGUUUGUACAGACAGUGCGGUUUAUGCAGAAGGCCCAGCUCGGCCGACUGGUGGUGCAGCUGCUAUUGCAAUGUUGAUUGGGCCAAAUGCACCAAUUGCUUUCGAGAGCAAAUACAGAGGGACGCACAUGUCUCAUGUUUAUGAUUUUUACAAGCCCGAUCUAGCAAGUGAAUAUCCGGUUGUUGAUGGGAAGCUAUCACAAACAUGCUAUCUCAUGGCGGUUGACUUAUGCUAUAAACAUUUUCGUAGCAAGUACGAGAAAUUUGAGGGAAAACAGUUUUCAAUAACUGAUGCAGAUUAUUUUGUAUUUCAUUCUCCUUACAACAAGCUCGUGCAGAAAAGUUUUGCUCGGUUAUACUUCAAUGACUUCUUGCGUAAUUCCAGCUCUGUUGCGAAGGAAGCAAGAGAAACAUUAGAGCCAUUUUCGUCCUUGUCUGGUGAUGAAAGCUAUCAGAAUCGUGACCUUGAAAAGGCUUCUCAAAAAGUUGCAAAGAACUUGUAUGAUGAGAAGGUUCAACCGACUACUUUGGUACCAAAACAAGUUGGAAACAUGUAUACUGCAUCGCUCUAUGCAGCCUUUGUAUCUGUUCUUCACAAUAAGCAUAGCACUCUGGUUGGUCAGCGGAUCGUUAUGUUCUCGUAUGGUAGCGGUUUAUCUUCUACAAUGUUCUCAUUUAAGAUCCAAGAUGGUCGGCAUCCCUUCACUGUAUCAAAUAUUGCUAGUGUGAUGAAUGUCGAUGGGAAGCUAGACUCUAGACAUGUGUUUCCACCAGAAAAGUUUGUUGAAACGAUGAAGCUGAUGGAGCACCGAUAUGGAGCCAAGGAUUUCGUCACGAGAAAAGACACAAGUUUACUGUCUCCCGGAGCAUUCUAUCUCACCCACGUUGACUCUAUGUACCGAAGGUUCUAUGCUAAGAAGGGUUCAGCUAGCAAAUCGAUCUCAGCCACCAACGGCACAAUGGUCAAUGGCCACUGAUGCAACUUGGCAUGGGUUUGAAAUAAUCUCGAUAUGUUAGCUUUUAAUGUGAAUGUGGGGGUUGAUGUGCCCUGAUUUCGUGUCUUCUAAGUGUUUGUGUUUUUAAUUUAAGUUGUGAUGUAUGUUACUUGUUUGAUUAGUUACUAAAGUUGGUUCUAGUUCAUUUUUCUUA